UGUUUUUUGCUUCGAAAAAUAGAGAAAACGAAAUACGAAAACACAAACGAGAAAUUUGUGACGAAACACGACGUUUCAGCGUUGUAGAAAGGAGAGAGAGAGAGAGAGAGAUGAUAAUGGCGAGAAGUGCCGAUGCUGCUGUGGUUUUGAGAAAUGGUGUUUGUGGUCAUCUUCCCAAGGGUAUUUUCUCUCAAUUUCGUUGUUUUCUUACAAUCUUACUGAAUCCCUAUUCUGCGGAAGACCAAUUUCAAUAUGGGUUUGCUAAUCUUGAUGAUGAUGAUGGUGCCCUAACUCAGUUUCAUCACAUGCUUCGAAUGCGACCUUUGCCAUCAAUUGUUCAAUUUAAUCAACUUUUAACUUCAAUUGCAAGAACGAAGCAUUACUCCACCGUGAUUUCUCUUUUUACGAAAAUGAAUUUGUUAGAAACUGGUUUCAUCAAACCAGAUAAGUUUACACUUACCAUCGUGAUUAAUUGUUUCUGUAACUUGAAUCGAGUUGAUUUGGGUUUUUCUGUUUUCAGGAAUCUAUUGAAACUUGGUCAUGAACCAGACACCACAACCUUCACUACCCUCAUCAAGGGGUUUUGUCUUAAUGGUAACAUGGCUUCUGCAGUUAAGUUUUUUGAUGAGAUUGUGGAGAACGGGUUCCAACCCAAUUUCGUUACUUACGGCACUAUAAUAAAUGGACUAUGCAAAAUUGGAAACACCAGUGCUGCUAUUCUUUUGCUAAGAAAGAUGGAAGAAAUAGGAGGUUGUGAGCCUGGACUAGUGGAAUACAGCACAAUCAUCGGUAGACUUUGCAAGGACAAACUAGUAACCGAGGCUUUCAAGCUCUUUUCGGAAAUGAUAGGUAAAGGUUUUUCACCAAAUGUCGUCACUUACACGUCAUUAAUUCAAGGUGUAUGUUGUUUAGGUGAGUGGAAAGAAGCUAUAAGAUUGUUGAAUGAAAUGGUUGGUAAGAAUAUCUGGCCAAAUGUUCAAACUUUUACCAUUUUAGUUGAUGCACUUUGUAAAGAAGGAAAGGCCAACAAAGCACAAGCUGUUGUUCAAUUGAUAAUCCAAAGAGGUGUGGUGCCUGAUGUUGUCACUUAUAGUGCUGUAAUGGAUGGGUAUUGUCUGUGUGGCCAAGUAGAUGAGGCAAAGAAAAUGUUUGAUGUUAUGGUCAGUAGGGGUUGUGCUCCUAAUGUUUUCGCUUAUAAUAUCUUGAUAAAUGGGUACUGUAAGAUCAAAAACAUAGAUGAAGCCAUGAAUCGCUUUAAGGAAAUGUCUCGAAAAGGAUUGCUUCCCGAUACUAUUACCUACACCACUCUUAUUGGUGGCUUGUGCCAAACAAGAAGACCUCAAGAUGCACUUUUGCUUCUUGAUGAGAUGCAAACUUAUGGCCAAAUUCCUAAUCUGUUUACUUACUCUACUUUGUUGGAUGGCCUAUGCAACAACCAAUAUCUUGAUGAGGCAUUGGCAUUGUUUGAAAAGAUUGAAACAGCUGGAUUAGUUCCUAAUAUUGUUGUCUAUAAUAGCCUAAUACAACAAAUACUUUUAUCAGAGGAUUGCCUACUUAAGUGUAAAGCAACUCCGCUUGAAUAAAAUUGCCAUUACCUAUGGCUCCAAGAGCAUUCACUUUUAGGCGCAUAUGAGAGAACCAAUGCAGACAAUAACAGUUCAUCCACAAAUAUCUGAGAAUGUUGCUUAUUUGACAAAACCAGUUUGCUGCAAGGUACAUACAACAGAUAAAAAGGUAUCAUGAUAAAGACUAGAUGAUAUAUAAAACGCAAAUCCCAGAGGAUCAUAUCACAAAUGACAUCAGCGAGAAAACAUGGUUCUAGCACAAGCAAGGCUUUAAAAAGCAGCCGCAACCGUUAUGUAACGCCGUUACGUAACGGUUUUGACGGUUACCGCCACCCGUUACGGCCGUUUUUGUAGUGUGAUUGAGAUUCGCAGGUGUGUCGGCCGUAGCGGUCGUAACGGUGCCGU